UAUCUGUCAUAACGUUAUUUCACUUCCUGCCCACGCAGAUUGCACUUCCCAAAUCGUCCGCUGUUCUGGUUUAGAAGGCCAAAUAGCGACAGGCAUGUCUGCAGCGUUGCGUGUACUAUAUUCUGUGUCCCGGCCAGGCACCAUUGCGGCUGGACACAAUCUUGUGCGUCCAAUCAGUCUGUCGACCCAGAGAGAGGGAUUCAAAUAUGUGAAUGCUCAGGAUCUGCCCACAGACAUGAAGUCCAUAACAGACCGAGCCGCUCAGACUCUGCUGUGGACGGAGCUCUUCAGAGGAUUGGGCAUGACCAUGAGCUACCUGUUCAGAGAGCCGGCCACCAUAAACUACCCGUUUGAGAAGGGGCCCCUGUCUCCCCGUUUCCGCGGUGAGCACGCCCUGCGCAGGUACCCCUCUGGAGAGGAACGCUGCAUCGCCUGCAAGCUGUGUGAAGCCAUCUGCCCCGCCCAGGCCAUCACCAUCGAGGCAGAGCCCCGUUCGGACGGCAGCAGGAGGACAACGCGCUACGACAUCGACAUGACAAAAUGUAUUUACUGUGGCUUCUGCCAGGAGGCCUGUCCUGUUGACGCCAUCGUGGAGGGCCCCAACUUUGAGUUUUCCACAGAGACCCAUGAGGAGCUGCUCUACAACAAAGAGAAACUGCUCAACAACGGAGACAAGUGGGAGGCCGAGAUCGCUGCCAACAUACAAGCUGAUUACCUCUAUCGAUAGACAGACAGGCUGGCUGACGCGCGCACACACACCGACAGACCGACCGACAGUGCUCUGUUGAUAACCAUGAAACACACACAGAUGCAGUAUGACAAACUGGCACACACAUUGUAUAGAUAUCCGUCAGCCUCUUUGACACAGACACACGUCCAUCCAUACUGUACAGUUGAUCCAGAUCAGUGUUCACACCCAGACCUGUUUCCAGAGAUCCAGACAGCACCGUUUAUCUAUAUUGCAUAUAUCUAUACUGCAUAGAUAUUGAAUGUGACUUGGAUGAUUGGGACAAAAUAAAAAGCAGGAAGCCACAGCUCUCCAGAACCAAGUCUGUGUGGACCACUGUCAAAAUAAGCUCAGCUCACCCACAGAGAGAUGCACCGUCGGUCUCCUGUACCGGCAGCCAGCCCACAGAUGCCUAUCCUGGGGCACAUUCAAUAGGGAUACGUUGUGGAAAUUUUCAUAAAGAAAUUACAUCAAUAGAGUUGACAUGAUUCUUUAUUCUACUUGUCAGAGAGGCAUGUUUGUUCUACAUACCAUAUGUCUGAACGUUCCACAACGCUGUGCCCUGCUGAACGCACCCCUGAUGUCUAUGCUCAACAGUACUGUAUCUGAUUCGAGGUAAGAUAUUGCCCCAAACCACAGAUCUAGGAUCAGAUCAAAUUAACUUGAACCAUUAGGGACAAGGGAAAAAAUCUGACCAUGUAGUUAGUGGUUAGGGACAACUACCUACUCUGUGUCCCAAAUGGUACCUUACUUCCUAUAUAGUGCACUACCUUUGACCAGGGCCCAUAAGACUCUGGUCAAAAGUAAUGCACUAUAUAAGGAAUAGGGUGGCUUUUGGGAUGCAGUCUUACUCUGUUUUAAGGGCGGAGUGUUAUCAUUUUGUCGGAGAGUAAUGCACAACCAGUUGGCACAUGAUACUCAGGCUCUAUUAUUAUUAUUAUCCUCAAACUAGUAGAUAUAUUAGCCUGCUGCAAACCAAACACAAAGUUACAUGGGGGUUUGUUGUCAUGAGAAUUGUACAAAGAUUAAAUACUUGUGGACUUUAAAUUAUGAAGAAUAAAUAUUGUUCUGUCCUAAGUUUUAAAA